UCUUGCAAUUGUUAAAAAUAAAAAUCACAUAAAUUUAGACACACAAUUUUUAAAAACGAAAGUGUGUUUUAGUUCCAUUCCUCGUUUAUACUGUGUCUGUGUGUGUGCGUGCGGCUAAAAAUACGAAAAAACAAAAAAUCAAAUACAGUCAGAAGUGUCUAUGAAGGAUAGCUGUUGCAUACCCCUUUUGAGGGGUAAACCCUAAGCGAAAAGUGUGGAAAACUGUUUAUUAUAGAAAAGUAAAAGUCGUUUGUUAAGUGGCCUUUUGGCCACUGUUCUUUGCAAAUUUAAUAUAAAUAAAGUGCUAGCUAAGGAUAUGUAAUUUAAUUGGAGUGUUCGUGAGCAUCCCUCAUAGUCACUGCUGACUGUAAAACGCGUAUAAAAUCCAAUGAUACAAUAAAUAUUUGAAUUCAGCUUUCGAGAACUAUCAAAACGCUUUCCUCAAGAUAUAUGUUAUUUUUAGCCCGCAGUUAUAAGAAUAUAACAGAUCGUGUGUGAAUAUAUAUAUAUAUAAAUCGAAUAUAUGCAUAUAUAUAUAAUAUAUCGUAUGUAGUUGCCAUAUGUGCGUGAGAUGGCACCUUGAGCAAACAAUAGAAGUACCACAAAUGUGUGCUAGCCACGAAAGUGCGUAAGGCAGAGAUGGCCACGCCCACUGGGACUGCCUCAUUGGCAGCUUCUCGCCCUGCACCGCUGCCCCACGAACUGACGGCAGAGUGGACAGUGCGUGCCCACCUGACCUUUGCCCGUGCCGGAGAGGCGGUGCACAAGGAGUGCGGUGUCGUCGGUGCCGCAGAGCCAGUGCAGCCAGUGCGCGUGGUCUACAAGUGGUGCACGCCCUGCGAUGAGCCCGAAACCGAGCAGGAUGUGGACAAGACUGCCAACACCAUGGGGACCAGCUUCCGGUCCACCAACUCCUCGGCCACCACCACCAAUGCGGACUCGGCCUUCGGCAGUCCGCAGGCGUCGCGUGCCCUCCCUACGGGCACAACCGCUCCAGGAGCCACGGCUCAGGUUUGCGGAACGCGCUGUCGUAGCACCUGCAACAUCAUGGUUUCCGCUGUCGCUGACUUCCUGCCACAGGAAGCAACCACAGGACCGAAUGAGCAUGAACCCUUCGUGUACCACAACAAGGUGCGAGCCCAGCAGCUGCGCGAUGCCUUCUCCCAGACCAGCGACCACGAGGAGCCGCAGCAGUUGAUGGAACCGCAGCAGCGUCGACGUACCGCCUACGAGCAGCGUCGGGCCACCACCGAGGCCCUCGUGAACUUUGCCACCAGGCGGCAGGCAGAGGAGGCGAACACCUAUGUGCCAACCUACUCGCCCACGCCCACCACGCCCUCGUCCACAUUCAAGUCGGCCUCGAUGUCCAGGAUACCGGCACAUGGAGGCCAACAGGGAGGCGGAACGCUGCCAAGGAUGCCGCCCAAUCUGGGGGAGAAGAAGCCUCGCACCGUCCACAUCGAUGUCUAUUGCACGGGCUCCGAGGGGGAUGAGGAGGCGGACGACGAGCAGCAGGCAGAUGUGGAGGUCUCCUCCAGCUCCAGCUCGGACUCGGAUCUGGCCGGGAGCAAGCGCUACGAUCUGGACUCGAAUUCCACGCCCCAAACGGUGCUGGACAACGAGCAGAUGCUGCUGCGCCAUCAGCGAAUCUCCGGCGGGGCAAUGCCCCGUCGCUUGGGCCAUCAGAAGGAGCCGAAGGACAACCAGCAGAUGAGCUUGGGCCACGCCAUCACCAAAUGCAGCACCGCCGAGGAGGUGACCGAAUCGAAGCAGCUGCUCUUCCGCAAACACAUCGGCGACCAGCGGGCGGCCAAGCUGGCCAAUCUGCGGCAGAAGUACAUGCGCCAGCCGAGCGACGACACCAUCAGCAGCACCUACCCGAACUCCUCGCACUCGACCAUGCCCCGGGAUGCCACCUGCAGCAGCAUCUCCAGCGUGGCAGCGGGCACCGACUGCGUGGACUCCUCGUGGAAGGAAACGGAAGAAAUGGAAGAACACCCGAUGGUCGGUUUUGGUCUGGCCAAGUCCGAUAGCUUCGACUACGAGAACUCGCUGGAUCGCCUGCGCAUCAGCCAGAUGGAGAGGCUCUGGUCGCGCCAGCACUCCUUGGAUCAGCCCCAGAAUACAGCCUCCAGCUUGCCACUGCCCCAUCCACAACAGCAUCCGCACCAGCAGCAUCUGCAGACCAUCAAAGAGGUGCAGUCGCAGCGCAGCUCCUUCCAGCGGAGCGACACAAUCCCCUCGGAAUCGGAUGGCUUCUCCGACACGAAUGUCUUCAACACCUAUCCGGGCCGUCAGAUAUCGCAGCUGCAGCAGCGCAAUCGUCCCGCUUUCCUGCAGUUCUUUGGGCCCUCAAUCCAUCCGAAUCGUGGCCAGCCAACGCCGCCAGUCACGGCUCCCGUUCAGGCCGCCUCGGUAGCCAGUACGGAUCCGUUUCGACUGCUCCAUCCGAGCUACCGCUGGAAGAGCGAGGCACGCGAUAAUCUCAGCGCGCAGGGACCCUCUGGAUCGGGGCCCUCGUCGGAGCGCAGUUCCCCGCAGCUGCUGUCAGCGGCCACCACUGUGGUGCGCUGUGGCAGCGAGGCGCCGCCCAGCACCACUUCGGCCAGCACGUUCGGCACAACGGUGGUGACUCCCUCCCCGCUGCCAGGGCGUCGCUUUGAGAUCUCCCGCGACAGCCCGAGCGUGGCCAGCGAGGCCUCCACCGCCACCGUUUCGGGCUACACCCACGAGCAUCUGGAGAAGACGCGACGCUUCGGGAAUGUGGUGGCCAUGCGCAAGCCCGGCCACCAUGUGGGACCCACCAAGAAUCCCAACUGCCAGUGCGAGAGCUGCCAGCGAUGGCUGGCCGAACGCUUUCAGUUGCGCGGCCGAGCCUUCUCCUUGGGCGAGCGACCAGUGCUAAGAAGGCCGCAGUAGAGGCCUCUGGAAAGAGGAUUACUUACACAAGUGUGCUUGAGUUUACCCCUUCCCAUCUACCUGCCAGGGGCAGUUACAGUCGAGAUCCGUCACUCGAAUCAGUAAUGCUUUCCCUCUCUUGCAUUUAACACUUUGCAGCCCCAACUAACCCACAAUGCCCCUAGCCACCACACUGGAUGAUUGAAUUUCUAUCGAUUAGGUUUAAGCCACACGCGAAUGUUCCUCUCACACACACACACACACCCACACCCACACACACAGAGAUUGUGCGCUGAAUCAGUUUAAUGUUUAAUGUUGUAAUAAAGUCAUCAAAUACUAGUCUGUA